CCACGUUCUGUUUUUCAACCAAUAGGCGUUCGCCUCCUCGCUGGUGCGAUUUGUAGCUUUCUGGAAGCUUCGCUGAGCUGCAGUUGCUCGCAGGUCGCCGAGCGGUGAGGGUCAGGCGCGCUCCUCGCUCUUCUUUCCCCCACAUUUAGCGGAGUAUUUUCCUUGCUUUUGAAUUCGGCGAGAUGACUCGUACCGUUGCGCUGGAAGUGCCGGAGCCGGUGUGUUCGCCAUCAGACCGUGUGUGAGUAUGGUGGGGGUUUAAUGCGAUUUAUCAGUAAUAUUGACAUAUCGCGCAGUUAACGCGUUAUAUCGUCGGUUAAUAAAUGUGUCAGCGGGUAGACAAACAACGGUGCGAAUAUAAACUUGUUAUCCAACCUAGCUGGUCUUUAAAGCGGCUGUCCUGGAGCCUGUGACAUGGCGGGUUUGCUGUGUCUGUCUGUGUGUCUGCCAUUCCUUCACCCAGCCCGAGCUCCUACCAUCUAAUCCCCGACAUGGUAAUCCUGGCUAUUAACUAACCCCCCAAUGUAGGAACUGUAACUAUUUUUACAGAGUUUGUCUGAUCUGUCACUUAUUCUCCUGUGUUCAUGUCUCCCCAUUACUAUUAAAAAGACAACCUGAUUCAUGAAAUACUUUUCCUUGCUCUCCAACACAACAACAAUAAAUAACCACCCCUCCACCCCCCUGUGCUUUCACAUUUUGUGUUAUCCUGCAAUUUGUGUGAAUCCAUGUAUUUUUCUUAGGCUGUGUUAAUGACAAUUUAGGUGCUAGAAUUUAGGGAGCAAACACGUUUCGUCUAAAGCAGUGGUUACCAAUCCAGUCCUCUUGUCUCCAUUACCAGUCAUGUAUUAUUUAGCCACCUGUGCCACAUACAGUUUCUUCUGCUGGGUCAUUUAACUAAACUAGACAUGUCUGAUACCUGAACCCUACACAUUGAGUAAGGGCACUCUGCCAAUGACAUUAACCCUGCAUUUCCCUUAAUAGUUCGGUGAAACUAACAAGUGAGUUCUGAAACAUUAAGCUGUAGCACCUUGAUCAAUAAUGGCAAAUCUUUUAAAUCCCAACUUAAAGAGACUCUAUAGGCACCCAGACCACUUCAGCUCAUUCAAGUGGCCUGGGUGUAGUGUCCCUUUUGCACCUAGUACUGCAAUGUAAAACAUUGUAGUUCCACAGAAAACUCAAUGUUUACAUUGCAGCACUAAGUCUGCCUACAUUGGCUGUCUCCCAGGAUCCAAAUGGACCUUUGGUCUGGUACCUUGACCCCGAACGUCCUCGUGCUCUACAUGAGGACAUUCCGCAUUAGCUAUUUCCCCAAAGGAAAGAAUUAAUUCAAUGCUUUUCUAUGGGGAGGUCUAAUGCUUGUGUGGCACUUGUAUUUAUUGCAUCAUAUUUAUUGUUCCACACCAUUUGAAGAAGAAUGCAGAUGUACAUAUUUCUAGCGAAGUCUAAUUUACUUUUCUCUUUAUUUUUAGAGUUAAUUCUGAUGUGCUUAUUUUGCAAGACAAAUACUGCACAAGUGAAAACAUAAAUGGUAAGUAUUUAACGGACUAGCUUUUCUACCAUAAAACUCAUUAGAGUUGUAAUGUGUAACUUCUCAACUUCCACUUAUGGUGACUAUAAAAUCUCCCAAGAAAUGUCUAGUAACCUGGGGUUGUAGGGAGUAGCUCCUAUGCAGCACUGUCACCUUUGAACUAUCAUCUCCCCCAUCCACCUCACAUAGAGGCUUUGAAUUGAUACUAGAAAGUAUAAGGAUUGUGGCAUGUAGAAUAUCAAACUUGUAUUGCGAAUGCCUUCAUCACCUGACACAAGUAAUGGCUGAUAGGACAAGGCUGCAGGAUGCUAAAGGUGCACUAUAGUGUUAGGAUUACAAGCUAACACAAUGUCACUAUGAUGCCACCCAUCCCUUAGCGACAUUCAAAGGGCUAAAAACUCUUUAAACACUUAACUGACUCCAGCACUUCUUCUCAUGUAAUUGUGACGGGGUAACUAAUGCCAUGCACUCCUAAAUAACAGUUAAUUGAGUAGUGAAAUUGCAGGGGAAUGAUCUAUACAUUAAAACUGCUUUAUUUAGCUAAAGUAAUUUAGGUGACUAUAGUGUUCCUUUAAAGAUGCAUAGAUUAUGUUGCAAGGAGUACCUGAUCAAACAUUCUUCAUCUUGUGAAAGUUGCUGCAAUUGAAAGGGUAUAUGUAUCUCUGCCAUGUUAUUUGCUAAACUAGAGUAAUAAUGGUCUUGGCAAACUCACAAUGAAGUUGUGUAAUUGCUUAAAGGGACUCUCCAGUGCCAGGAAAAAAAUUGUUUUCCUGACACUGCAGUGCCCCUCUCCCUCCCCUCAUCACAUGUUGCUGAAAGGGGUUAAAACCCCUUCGGUGACUUACCUGAUGUCCCUUGGCGGUGGGUCAUGCUCUGCCCACACUCCAACGCCAGCGGGGGUGACCUAAUGCGCUUGCGCGACAAAGGCCGCGCGCAUUAGAACUCCCCAUAGGAAAGCAUUAUUCAGUGCUUUCAUAUGUGGAUUCCGGUGACACUGGAGGUCCUUGUGCAUAGCGUGAGGGCAUUCAAUGUCGUUUAAAACGCUUUUCGUGUUCUAAGAACACAGAAUUCCUUCUAGUGGCUGUCUGAUAGACAGCCACUAGAGGACUUAACCCUGCAAGGUAAUUGCAGUUUUAUAAAAACUGAAAUAAUUACACUUGCAGGGGUAAGGGUGGUGGGAGUUGGCACCCAGACCACUCCAAUGGGCAGAAGUGGUCUGGGUGCCUGGAGUGUCCCUUUAAGUAAGUGAAUCGCUCUAAACGAAGGGGUGCUAGACCGCACUUUUGUGCUAUUAGUAUAUUGUGUUUUGGUGUCUUCAACACCUGUUUGACAAAUGAGAAAUUAAUGUUUGAGGUAUUGGCUACACUCUCUUUACUAUACUUGCUCAUACUCCAUAGAUAUUUGUUCUUUUUCAAAACUAAUGUGUGCUAUCUUUCUAUCAUACUGCUGCUUUCAGGCAAAAUGCAAACUGUAAAGGAUUAUGUUCAGAAAAGUGAUGUAUUUGAAUCUGAAGCAAAGAAAAGAACAAGUGAAAUGACAAAUUUUAUGGAUGACCUGAGUUUGAAUUCUCCAAAAGAGCGACAGUCUCGGUCAAGAUCCAAAACUCAUUCCAGUAAAAGGAAGUCUUCAUCUUCCAGGUCCUCCUCUGAAAGCUCACGCUCAGAUUCUAGUUCUUCAAUAUCAAGAAGCUCAAGCAGAUCACAUUCCCGUGACAGAAAAUGCAGGUAUAAGAGAUAUCGAAAAAAUUCACGUUCUUAUUCCAGAGGACAUUCGAAGCCCUAUUCUAGAAGUCGUUCACGUUCUUAUUCCAGAGGACAUUCGAAGCCCUAUUCUAGAAGCCGUUCACGUUCUUAUUCCAGAAGACAUUCGAAGCACUAUUCUAGAAGCCGUUCACGUUCUUAUUCCAGAGGACAUUCGAGGCCCUAUUCUAGAAGCCGUUCACGUUCUUAUUCCAGAGGACAUUCAAGGCCCUAUACUAGAAGCCGCUCAAGGUCCUACAGCCCACGACAGAGAAAAAGAUACUCUUCUGCCUAUAGAAGAUACUAUAGAUCUCCUCCUAGGUAUAAGUCACGUAGCCGAUCACGCUCACGUUAUGGAUCCUAUCUCAGAAGCCGUCAUACAAGGAGCAGGUCAAGAUCCCGUGGCAGGAGAUACUAUGGCUUUGUCAGACGACCUUACUCUCCUACAUUCAGGAGCUGGAGGAGCAGAUCAAGAACAAGAUCUAGAAGCAGAACUCCCUUGCGACUAAGUGAAAAGGGUAUGUUUCAGUUGCAUCAAGAAAUUCUUUUAAUACACAUGUUAUAUCAAAGUGACUGGAUUCAGAUAAGACCACUGCUUGCACUAGGGUUUGCCAAAUUCAUACUGGCCAUACCACUUCUGUAGUCUAUACAGAGUGACCUUAGGCAUGAACUCGAAUUGCCACAAGGUCACUUCAUGUGCUAACAAUCAAUGUAGCUUUCACCUAGUGAUGGACUACUAGCUUUCUGGUAUGAAUACAAAGUUACACAAUGAGUUAAUCUUGCAGAUAUUUACAUGCAGCUGAUGUAUUGCCAUUCUUUUCUCUUAGAAAAGUUACAGUUACUGGAAAUUGCAAAGAUAAAUGCAUCUAAAGUACUGGGAAAAGAAAUUGAACUACCAGAAAGCCUGAAAAGAGAAUUAAAGAGUUCCAGUGUGAAACGCUCUGAGGUAAGUAACUCCAUACAUAAGUGUUUGAUCUAGUGUGUUGGUGACCAAUUCAAGUUUAAAAGAAGGAUUUUAUCUCCACCAGUCGGGUCAGGCUUUGGUAUUUCAUGAAGUGAUGGUAGCUGCAGAGACUGUCUAAAGUGACCUGUCAAUUUUGUAGGUGGAAAUUAAUGUUUUUUUUUUUUGUUUUUUUUUUAUGUGAGAUGGCUAGCUGAUUUGCUACAAGUGGGAUUUUUUCCCCCUUCCUUUUACUACGCCUGAAUCUUCUCAUAAGAGGGUUGUGUUUUUUUUUUUUUUUAAAUAUAUAUUUUAAUUUAUAUUUUUGUUUGAGAUUCCUUUGGUGUUGCUUACCUCUUCUGCAACAAUAUCCACAUGGUCCGAUCGAGACUCCUCAUAGAGGAGCUUUGGGGACCUGUUGUGCAUGUAUGGAGAAUGGUGCAACUAUCUAAGCUUACCCUAUAGGAAAGUAUUAAAUCAAUGUUUUCUUUCCUAAAAGGGCUUCUGUGUUACGUGAGCGAGUUUUUACUCUGUGAUAUUAAGCCUGCAAUGCAAACAUUGCAGUUUUUAAAAACAAAUUCCAGUGCUUCUUACAUUGUAGGUUUUAAAAGACCACUGCAUUGGCCCGGCUUACUUUAGUGUUCCUUUUAAGAAAAGUAUUUUAGGAAAUACUGCUAGACAGUAUUAAAGGACUAAAACUGCAGUAUGAACUACUCGACUGACAAACACUGGUGGUAAUAGCCCUUUUACCCCUCUCACCCCCACAAAAUAUACAGUUUAAAUGCUUUAUUUCUGUUUUCUUAGAAAUGAAUAUGAACUCCAGCCUUUGAGGAUAAGAAGCAGGUGGUAAUGUUAUAUUGUGUAUAGGUAUUCCUUGGUAUUUCAUUUGUUCUCUACCCAUUCGUGCUGACACAUUGAUCACAGGUCUGAUGUUUUGAUUUCAUGAUAUUUUUAGUGACUUUCAAUUCCUGUUUAUUUAGUAGAAAAAGUAUUUGUAAGGCAUGCUGAAAAAGAUAUUCAUGCACCCAACAAAUAACACUGCUGGAAGUGGUGUUAACAUGAAGACUUUCUUUUAAUUGUUGUUUCUUAACAUCUUUAGCCAGAACCACUCAACACUUUUAUGUCAAAGUACACAUUAAACACCUAAAAUGUCCUUAGUAUUAACAUUUUCUUCAUAACUGUAUCAUUAAGCUAGUCACUUAUGUCUUCUGCAGAAGUAGUACUGCAUAGGCUACUUGCGUCACAAGUUGAAAAACAUUAGAUUGUAAUAUAUUUACACAAGCAGCUUAGAUUUUUUUUUACAUCAUCUGCCACAACUCAGAAGAUAUAUUGUAUUUAAUUUCUUUUAAUAAGCUAAACGGAACUAGGUAGAGGUAACUUCAUAAUUUAUUAACUAUGUUCCAGAUUGUUUUUGACUGCAGAAGAGGAGGAAUGCAUCCGUGCAGAUAAGUUUAUUAUACUGAAUUGAUAUGGUGUGAUUUAAUUACUGUUGAUUAGACCAGGCAGGUGAGAACAAAUGUUGGGUCUUUACAAACUCAAAACCGCAAUUUAAUAGUAUGCAUAUAUAUAUAUAUAUAUAUAUAUAUCUUUGUGAUGAAUAGGAUUUGUUGUUUCUAGGAAGUUGCUAUUUCAACAAGUAAUUAAAACCGUAACGCUCAUAAUUAUUUGUCCAAUGCAGUACAGCUUUAAGCUGAAGCCAUAUUGAAGGGAGCAUUUUAAAGUCACCCUAGAAUUUUGAGGCAUUUUGUGCAUGUUAUAUCCACAAAUUCUACUAUCCUAUUUCUAAUCAGUCUGCUCCUUAUUUCUAGCAAUAUGAAGAUAACAUCUGCCCUGACAAAUCUUCUAAAAGACAGUCUUCCAGUCACAGUGUAAGUAACUUGGCUAUUUCCUCUGACUUUCUAUAUCUCAUUCAUGCCACCACUCCUUAUGCUGUCACCUCUAUGUAAUGGGUGUCUUGUUUUUUCAAUAACUUCCUUAACUCUGUUAUGGCAUGGGCAUUUUCUCCUAUGGAACAAUCCACUGUAACAAGAGUAGCUCAUUGGUGUUUUUUAUUUUAAAACCUAGAUGUAGCCAUUAAGAAGGCAGCAUACUCUUGUAUAAUGUCACUCUAGAGUAAUAUGUUAAGUAAACACUAAUGGAUCUUGUUUUCUUUUUUACAGGACCCUGAUUCUAAAUUUAAGAGCAUCACUGGAAGUACUAGCAAAGAACAAACUGAAGUGAAACAAAAAAGCACUUAUGACCUGUGGCGUCCAAUAACAAGUCCUAAAGCGUUCUCUAGUGAAUUGUCCCCAAAACAUUCAUACACAAGCCGAGCACGUUGAAUUUUGACUGUCCUAGUUGCUAAAAGACAAAUUAAGGGCAGGUUUAUGCUCUGGCUUACUAUAAGAAGUGUUCAGGGAUUGUAACACAGGGCAUUAUGGGAUUAAAGUAUUGGGGAAAAAAAAACAUGCAAAUGAGUUGUAAACUAAAAACCAAAUUAUUGAAUACUAGGUCUCUCUCUUUCCAGAUGUGGCCUAAAACGUGAUGGAACACCAGAUUGCAGGUGGGAAUGUUCAUUUUGUAAAUAUUGUAUAGAGUUGUAUAAUUUGUCUCCUGUAGGGGGUGUCUUUGUUUUCGCCCCAAAAUAUCUACUUAAGAUUAUGUAGCAGUCGGUUUCUUAUAUAUGUAUUUUUUAUUUAUUUUUUUCCCCCAUUUGUAUUCGAAGAUGUUAAAUGUUGUGUAAAGUGUUUAAUAAGACUUGGGGCUAGUUUUUGUUUGUUUUUUAAAAACACUUUAAAAUGUUGUCUUGCGGUUUAUACAAAUUUCUAAGUUUCCAAUAAAAGCUCAUUAAAAUACCGUUUCUUUACUACUAACUGCAGGUGUAAUACCACUUCAUAUGAGUUGCUUUUGCAGUAUUGUGUUUAAAGACAGAUGUACAUACCUGUGGAGCCUUUGCAAGUAGAAGUGUCGUUGUUUUCCAAACAACCUAAAGAAACAUUCCAGUGACAGGAAUGCAAACUUUGUAUUGUCACUAUAGUCCUGAAGUGGCUGUUUAGGUGUAUGGCCCCUAUCUCGGUAAGAAGGUGGUUGUACUACUUCUCACCAUGCAGUGCCAGUCUUGCCACGGCUGGCUCCCCCUCCAUGGGGAAAGCAUUGGGAGGCUAUUGUGCAUCUGCGGGAAAAACGCUUUGCUCCACUCAGUCUAUAUGGGGAAUGUUAGUAAAUGCUAGUGUGGCACUCGACUAGGAAGCGCCUCUAGUGGCAGUUUGACUGCUGUUAGAGGGGUUUCUAGGCACCAAUGUUAACAAGGCAGCAUUUACAUUGAAAAGCCUACAGGAAUAGGCUAUAAACACCAGAACCCACUACAUUAGGCUGCAGUGGUUUUAAUGACUAUAGUACCCCUUUAAAAAGCUAGAUAAUUUAUAUAAGUUGGCCAAAAAACUCAAACUAUUCUUUGGUUUGCAUCCUUCUGGACAGGGUGUACACUGACCAACCAAAACAGAUUAUAAUUGGUUGUGGACAUCCAGUAUGGGGAUGCUUGUGGAUUACAAUGCCUUAAUUGAGUUACUACAGUGCUAAAAUUGGUCCAUAAAUGACAAGCUCAGAGUAGGAGAAACUUGCUGUACCAGUUAAUACUAAAAGACUUCUAUGAUCCAGAUCAACUGUCAACAUGUAAAUAUAAAAAAAGUGAGUUAGACUCUUACUAAGAAUUAAAGUCUGCAACAACUGUCAAGUCUUGAAGUGUACUUUUUUUUUUUUUUUAAACCCUAAAUAGAAGUUAGGACUCAUUAGAGUCAAAGGAAGUUCUAGGGGUAAAUGUCAGCUUUUAUAUGAUGACAAUUACAGAAGAACAAAUUAAGCGGUUUCCUCUGUUCCACUUCAAUCUUUCAAAAUGUGGUCCUUCACAAAUUCCAUAAACUUAACAAAGGCCCGAUGCAUGAGGACUUGAAGAAGUAAGAUUAUAAAUGUUGUACUUGAACGUAAUUACACUGAUACUCAAUUUUCAACGGGACUCAGAAGAAAAAGUAAAUUUACACCAUAUCUGAGAGAUGAGAACAAAGUUGCGUUGGAAAUGGUCUGCAAAGAGUAUUAAUUUAAGAGCGUGACUUACAAAUUCAGCCUAAUCAAAAUACUUUCAUGGUCUGAAUCAAGGGCCCUAAAGGAACUGCGAAAUAAUAUAACCAUAAAGCCCUGUGACAAGGGAGGUAAUAUUGUGGUGAUGGGACAACAACCAGUAUGUUGAAAACAUAGCUGAUACCCAAAUGUGCAAGGUUUUAAGUGAAGUUGCAACUGAAGUCUUUAAUUGUGAAUUAAACAACUUUUUGGAAGAUGCACUGCUUAUCAAUUCAAUAUUGCAGGAGGAGUUCGAGUUUUUAUUCAUAGCACAACUUGGUGUCAGUUUGUUUAAAAAAAAAAAAAAAAAAAAAACUCCUGUCCUUUUUAACCCCUUCAGGACCGGACUGUUUUUGCGAUGUUUGUACGUUAGGGACCAGAGCUAUUUUAACACUUUUGUGGUGUUUGUGUUUAGCUGUAAUGUUCCGCUCUCUCAUUUACUGUUCCGAUACAAAUGAUAUAUUUGUUUUUUUCAGGACAAAAAGGGCUUUCUUUACAUACUAUUUUU